AUGUGGCCGAAUAAACUUAACAAUGACAAUGACGACAUUGUGCACGGAAAUUAUCCGGAGUGCAUCCAGCCAUAUCUUGUCACGAUACGGCGCUCGGCGGUUUGCCGCGCGUCUCUGGAGGUUCUCUUUUUAAAAGCGCAAUCGAUCCCACUCGCCCACGCGGCGCCCACGUUUCGCAGAAGGCUCCGGUCCCCCCAUCUCUAUGGGCAUUGUGGGAAGCGCGAAUGGGCGGAAGCGCUGCCCUCGGAUCUCCUACGAGCCACCAUCUGCGCCGGCGCCUGUUUGCUCGCGCCGAAACAGCGGAUUGUUUUGGCGCCGCGGCACGAUAGUGUCCGCUCUGCGACGAGCUGUUGUAGCGGCUCUAUGACGGAGGCGCGGUGUUGCGUACCGCGCGAGCCUCCAACUGCCUCCGGUCUCCGCUCCCUAUCCCGCUCAUUGCAGAUGGAGAGUUCGUCGAGGUCGCACGUGUGGCUCGUGGCCGCCGCGCUCCUGGCGGCCUGCGCCAGCGCCGGCGUCGGCAAACGGCCGUUCACGCCGACCGACUCGAUAUUGGACAUCAUCGACACCGAGCAAGUGGAGAAGAUGAUCGCCGCGCGCCGCCGCACGGAGGAAGGCACCGCCUCCCCGAGCUACGUGCAGCGGAACGAGCUCGGCGAGGGCAGCUCCGAGGCGGUGCUCUCCGUGCCCGAACAGGACGACAGCACAGAGGUGCCCCCCGGGGUGGACUUCCGCAAGAUACUGAAGUCGUCCAAGAGCGCGCUGUUCGUCACCAAAAAGGAGUACCUGAAGGAGGACUGGUGCAAGACGGAGCCGUUGGUGCAGAAGAUCCGCGAGCCGGGCUGCUUACCGGCAACCGUGAUCAACAAGUUCUGCUACGGGCAGUGCAACUCGUUCUAUAUACCGAAAGGCCCACGGCGGCGCGACUCGGGCGACGAGCGGCCACCGCCCGCCUUCAAGUCCUGCUCCUUCUGCAAGCCGAAGAAGUUCUCGUGGGUGACGGUGACGCUGCGCUGCCCCGGACAGAACCCGCCGUUCAAGCGCAAACGCCUGCAGAAGAUCAAACAGUGCAAGUGUCUGCCGGUGGGCGUGAAU